AUGUUUGGCUUGACAAAAAUUAUUAGGCAAGUUGCAUUUCGUGCACCCGGUUCAUAUCUUUUUUCCUCUGCAUCGUCAAUACCGUUACCUGAAGCGUUGAAAAUGCGAAUUGAAAAUAUGAUCUCAUCUGCUCCGGUAGUAGUUUUCAUGAAAGGUACGCAGCUGGAACCAAUGUGCGGCUUUAGCAAAAAUGUCAAAUUGGUAUUAGAUUUUCAUGAGGUUAAAUUCAAAGAUUAUAACGUACUCGGCGAUGAUGACCUAAGAGAAGGUAUUAAAACAUAUAGUGAUUGGCCUACGAUACCUCAAGUAAGCUAA